UAAUAUCUAGUGGUUAUAAUCCCCGUGAAAGAACGAGUUCGAGGCGGAAAAUUACUUCUCUCUUUGAUCUGAAUUAUUCCGUAUUAACGGAGGUCUGCCAUAAUGCGACGUUUCGGUUCUGUGCAGCAAAAGAUAUCUUGUGUGUUUUUGACUGAGGUGAAAGAGGAACAAUCCAGAAAACGCGAAUGUCAACAAUUUCAGGUUGUAGCCACUGAAAAUGUGAACCCUAUAGCACUGGAAUCGAAUAUUGACUCUGCACUUGCCACAGAAAAGCUGGAUGGCACCUGCUGCUAUGUUUCAAUUUAUAAAGGGCAAUCAUACCUCUGGGCUCGACUAGAUCGGAAGCCCACCAAGCAGGCAGACAAGAGGUUCAAGAAGCAUCAGUAUUCCCACAAAAGUUACAAAGGUUUCACGUGGAAUGUGAAAGAAGACUUUAAGACGGUUCCAGAGUCUUGGGUCCCGGCACACAGAGUUCAGCACCACAAUGGACAGCCUGUACCAGAUGACCACGGACACAUCCCAGGUUGGGUUCCAGUGGAGAAAGACAACAAGCAGUACUGUUGGCACUCGUCUGUUGUGGACUAUGAUGCUGGUGUAGCGCUGGUUCUGAGGCCCAGUGCUGAGAAGGAAGACCUGCUAGAGAUCACCAUGGUACCACUGGCUGAUCUCCUGGAGCAAACCCUGGAGCUUAUUGGAACCAACGUCAAUGGGAACCCAUAUGGGUUGGGAAGUAAAAAGCAGCCUGUCCACGUCCUGGUUGCCCAUGGGAGUGUACACAUCAGGAACCCUCCCCCAGUGGACUACCAGCAGUUGUGUUCCUGGUUCCAGGACAGCCAGGAGGGCCGUGUUGAGGGCAUCGUCUGGCACUGUAAUGACGGGACACUGGUCAAGCUCCAUCGUCAUCACCUGGGGCUGAGAUGGCCGGAUGGCGACACCAUCCUGAACGCUCGGCCUGUGGUCGUCCACGUCGACGGGACCAUACGAGAGUAUGACAUCACCAGCAAGGACUUGUUUACAUCUCUAUCCCAGUUAAACGGACAUCGCUUCAGCAGACUGCAGGACAUCCAGUUUGACCCUUAACCUUUAUUUAACCAGGAAGUCCUAUUUAGGUCAGAAGACCUUAAUCCCUAAAUCCACCAGGAGCUGCCCGAAGUCUUAAACAUUCCUGUCAGUGGGGUCGGUCAGGCUCACUUGGGGUAAUAAUGUCUCAUAGUGAUUAUGUGAAGGUCUAUGUCCUUAAUGUUGGAAAUGUGUGAUAGCAGUGCAGCAAUGGCAGCUUUCUGUAUUAUCACUUUCAUUCAUCCAUCCCAUUUAUUUUUCCCAUAGGGAUUUUACCCUAUGACAGACAUUAAAAAAAAAAAAUUAACCUUUAUUUUACUAGGCAAGUCAGUUAAGAACAAAUUCUUAUUUUCAAUGACAGCCUAGGAACAGUGGGUUAACUGCCUGUUCAGUGGCAGAAUGACAGAUUUGUACCUUGUCAGCUCGGGGAUUUGAACUUGCAACCUUUCGGUCCAACGCUCUAACCACUAGGCUACUCUGCCACCCCACAAUGUCAGUAUACAACAAGUUAUUGCUCACGUAUACCCUGUAAUCAUAUAGCAUUAGAAAGCUUAGAUUCACAGCUAUCCAUCAGAUACAUUCUCGCAAUGUUCAGGUCAACAGAAUUUUGACCUCUAUGGUAUAUAUAUAUAUAAAAUUAGAUGGACCUGUAUAAAUUGCUUUAAAAAGGAAAUCUGCAUACAUUUAAAACUUUGUUUAACAAGUCAUGAAAUUACAUUUCAAAUUAUAUAUAAUAUUACCUACUUUGAAUGCGCUAGCUUAAACUAUUGUAAAAAUAAAAUCACCCAUAUUGUGCCAUUGACAUUAGAACGUUUUAAGCUUAACCAUUGAAUUACAUGUAAUGGGGCAGCUACGCUUUUGGAUUGUAACUUCGGUGAUAGGAACACCAUAUUUCACACGCUCAGCUAGAACAUGGUUUAAAAAAUAUUUGUAGAUACAGGGCCACUACAGCAUUAACCCCACUGAAGCCUUUUUCCAAUAUGGCUGCCAAACAACUCAAUUGGGUGUUAUCGGAUACAUUUUGCAUUACCAUACCUGUAUGGAAUAUAAUUGUAUUAGAAUACAUCUUGAUUUAGACCAACUAUGUGUAAUGGUUUGCUGCUCUCAUCAUCCAGAUAUUAGGUUAAAAUGUAUUGGCAUUCCUAUGGAAUUUUACAUUGUAAUGUAUGUAAAAAGUUUCCAGUCCUCUGUUAAUGAAAACAGUUUAUAUAAUUUAUCAGCUCACAUCCAUGUCUAUUCACAUGUACAUAUCCAUGUUUGAAGAUUAAAUAUAGCAAUUACUGAUCAUAACAGCUUCUUGGGCAUAUUCUAACCACAAUUAUGUCAAGUCAUUUAACAUUGUUAUAUGUUAUAAGCACACCUGGCUAAUUUGGUUGUGUAUUCUACAUCACUAAGAACAUUUCAAGAUAUUGUUGGGAAUAAUAAAAAAAAAUACAGGUAUGGUAAUGCAACAUUUAUCCAAUAAGACCCUUUUUAGUUGUUUGGUGGCCAUGUUGGGGGAAAAAAUGAUGUGGGCUUCAUGCGUGAAUCCUGUGAUGGUCCUGAACACUCUAAGAAUGUCUCUGAUGGAACGCAGAGAAAGCUACCAUUGCUGUACUACUAUCACACAUUUUCUAACUCGAGGGACAGACCUUAAAAAGAAAUCACUGAGAUGUCGUCACCACAAGAGAGCCUGACGGCCCAGAUUUAGGGGCCUUGCUCCAGGACUGUAAGCUUUCAUACUGUAUUACCAUUAGUAUGGUUGAACCAGACUAAAUAGUGGGGUCACCAGUGAAACAAUGGUGAGUGCAGUGUUCAAUCUGGUUUAACCUGGCUAUAUGUCUUCCAAUAUGAACCUGCCCAAUAAAAAGCCUGUAAAUAUAUUGAA